UUCUGUCAAACAAUGGCGGGUCGUUGCACCGCGAUGGCGGGGAAGCAAAACUGGCGCGCCGGUUCAAGUGUAGCCAUUACCGCGCCGCACCACCAACGUACGCAUGCGCGGCGCAUGCGGAUUACGCGCCAAAACUUUACGUUGUAGAAAAAGUUUAUUAAAAAAAAAUUAAGUACUUAUCCUUUUUGUGUUGUGUGGUUAAAAGAAAAUUUAAUACAAAAUGAAAUAUAAGGUAAAGGACGCGGACGCGGAGAGCCACCGCUCCGAGAAGAUCGGCGACCACAACUUGGAGGAGAAACUAGAGCGCACAGUGCGAUGCUCGUCGGUGCUGAUCGGCGCGCUAGGGCUGUCGCUGAUCGCCCUGGCUGUGUAUACGACUGUUUUGGUGCUCACCGAGUACAAGGCCGCGCGGCCCUGUCUCAGCGAAGAGUGUGUUGGCACGGCUUCAAGAAUUCUUCUGGCAAUGAAUAAAGACGUGGACCCGUGCCAGGACUUCUACGAGUUUGCGUGCGGCGGCUGGAUCAAGCGGAAUCCUGUCCCGGAGUGGGCCACCUCCUGGGAUCAGCUCGCCAAAUUGAGGGAACAACUUGUUAUUGAUCUGAGGGAGUUGUUGGAGGAUGAUAAUGACGAUGGUUUGCCCAAGGGUGUGCUGAAAGCCAAGGCGUUGUACAGGACCUGUAUUGAUACUGAUAAACUAGAAGAAGGCGGUAUCAAACCGAUCCAGAAGAUCCUGGCGAAGCUGGGCCUGCCUCCCCGUCCGCCCGUGACAGCGAGCGAGAACUUCACCUGGGAGGUGACGGCGGGUCGCGGCCGGCGCAUGCUGGGGCUCAACGUGCUGCUCAGCGUGCAAGUCGCUGAGGACGUCAGGAACACCAGCAGGAACAGGGUCGUGAUCGAGCAAGUGUCCCCCGGCUUCAGCGAGCGUUACCUCCUUAAACCGACGCAGUUCGCUCAUGAGCUCGAACAAUACCACAAGUACAUCAAGGCCAUGAUCGCUGUGGCCGACCCUGAGACUGAUGCGGAGAAGUUCGCUGAUGAUAUAGUGGCGUUCAGCAAGAGUUUAGCUAAGAUAAUGACCCCGGUGGAAGUGAGACGCAGCGGCACCCACUUAUUCCAUGAAGUGAGCGUCGAGCAGCUGCUGCAGGGAUCAGGCGGCGGGCCGGUACAAUGGAAGGAGCACGACUGGGACCAAUACUUGAAGCUGGUGUUCGCCAACACGAGCGUGAAGCUGCAUCCGCAGCAGGACCGAGUCAUUGUGAUGGACCUGCCAUACCUGCAGAAGCUGUCCGUGGUGCUCAACGACACCGAACCUGUCAUUAUUGAACGGUUUCUGUGGUGGAGCGUGUUCUCGACAGUUGCUCCGAUGACGUUGAAAGCCUUCAGAGAGCUUGGCUUUGAAUUCUCCAAAGCUGUGUUUGGUUUACAACAACGCACCCCGCGCUGGAAGAGUUGCACCGCCAAUGUUAAUGCUAACUUCGGUGUGGCGCUGAGCUAUCUAUAUGUGAAGAGGCACUUUGAUCAGGAUUCGCGGCAGAAGGCAAUUGAGAUGAUAGAGGAUGUGCGCGAAGCGUUUGCUGAAGCAGUACAGCAGCUUGACUGGAUGGACUCCACUACCAGGAUUAAGACGCUGAACAAACUAAAAGCGAUCCGCAACUUCGUGGGAUUCCCUGCGUGGCUUCUCACACAUGAACAGCUCGACAAACAUUAUAAACAUGCGGAAGUGGUAGAAGGAAGCUUGUUUGAAACAUAUUUGAAGCUGACGUGGGCUGCCGUGAAGAAGUCUUUGGAGUCACUGAGGGAGAAACCGGAUAGGAAUAGAUGGGUAGCAACUGCAACAACUGUAAACGCUUUCUACUCAGCAACUCUCAAUUCAGUCACGUUCCCUGCUGGAAUACUUCAGCCACCUUUCUAUGGAAAUGGCAUUGAAGCUAUAAACUACGGUUCAAUUGGUGCCAUAAUGGGACACGAAGUUACUCAUGGAUUUGACGAUCAAGGUCGUCGAUAUGACGAGGAGGGUAACUUGAAGCAGUGGUGGUCAGCAGCGACGUUAGAGCACUACCACGGCAAGGUGCAGUGCAUCAUCGACCAGUACAGCAAGUACCACAUGCCGCAGCUGCCGAACUAUACGGUGCACGGGUUCAACACGCAGGGCGAGAACAUCGCGGACAACGGCGGCCUGCGCGCCGCCCUGCGCGCCUACCGCCGCUACGGAGCGCGCGCGCCCGCCCGCGCCCGCGACGUGCUGCCCGCGCUGCCCGACUACACACCCGAACAACUCUUCUUCCUGGGAUUCGCACAGAUAUGGUGUGGAAACUCAACAGUGGGCGCAUUGAAAUCGAAAAUCGUGGAAGGCGUGCACAGCCCGAACAAGAUCCGCGUGAUCGGCACACUGAGCAACUCGGACGAGUUCGCGCAUGCGUGGAAGUGUCCCAAGGGCUCCCCCAUGAACCCUGAACACAAGUGCGUGCUGUGGUGAUGUGACCAACGUAGUUCCAGUUGUCAGUUGGUUUUGAGUUUCGACUACCACGGUUGUAAGGAAUGUUAUAGUGCUAUCCUCUGUUGUCUAAUCUUCUAAAUCUAGAAUUAGGAAUAUAACUAAAAGUCUAACACCAACCGAUUUUAGAAUAAUUGAUUAGAUGGAACAUACUGAGAGCUACAAAAGUUAGGUUGUAAGAUCAGUUAGAACUGUUAGAAGAUUGGAUAAUUGUGUAGAUGCACCAUUAGAAGUUCAUUUUACCUUCCGUUCAUUUGAGUGGUAGAAAACCCCUUCCACUCCCUUUUAAAAUUAGAGUCAACCCCAAAACCUUCUGACAGUGUUACAAAAGUUUUGCCAGGUAUCGAACGUGCGACGUCAAUUGGUGCAAAGACUCAAGCAAUUGUGAUGUUAGUUAUAAGUGAACCAAAGACAAUCAUAGGUUACCUUUAAAGUUACCGCCUUAGUUUUAACGUACAAGUAAUUUUUUAUAUGAAGAAAUUAUGAGAUGUGUGUUUAUGACCUAUUAAAUGUGAAAACAUUGCAAUGUACAAAAAAAAACUUAUUUUUUUAUUGUGUCCUUUUUGCUAGUGUGCAGUGCAGCUACUAAAUAGCUUAACAAAUUUAGAACUUGAAGUUACCUAUACACGUUUAUCUAGAAUGAAGUACACACUUCAAUUUUUUUCAGCAAAAUAAAUUGUUUUGGACGCGCAGUUAAACGCAGUGUUUAGGUGAUUUGAAGUUUUGAAUAAAAAGCUAUUUUGUUGAUUGCCUGUAUAUUUAGAAAGUUGUGUGUCAAAAUAAAUCCUAUAUUUUAUUAGAACUGCUUAACUGUAAUAUUCAAGGAAAGAAAAAAUAAAAUAUAAAUAAAUACCUACCAGGUUCUCAAAUAAUUUUAUAUUUGGUGUAAUUUAUCAAUCCGACAAAGGUAUUAUUUAAAAAAAAGUUCUCUUAUUUUAUAUUCAUUUUUUCCUUCCCAUAUUAUAGUCUAAUUAGCAAAGUGUAUUUAAAAAAAGAAAUAGAAAAAUAUUGUUUGAAUAUGUUUACUGUAAAACCUGAAAUAUUUUUAUAUUGUAAUGACAUACUACUUUAUAAAAUACUCUACAAAAUUAAUAAUAGAAAAAUAGGAUUAAACAUAUAUCAGACUUAAUAAUACCUUGAUACUUCAGACAAAAUUAAUAAUAAUAUUAUGACAUUAUACUUACUCUGUAACAGCAUCUCUUAAUUUUCUUAUAGACAAUUAAUAAUCCACAAAAGACUAUUUAUUUUUAAAUAAAAAACAUAUAAC